AAGGGGCCGUGCAGCCUCGGAUCACUCGGUUCACUCGUGUCCGUGUGUCUCCAGAACCGUCCACCAUGCUCCGCUCCGCCGUGUGUGGGCUCGUUCCCCGGGUCGUGCGUCGCUCCGCGGGGCCGUCCGUGCGCCACCUGUCCGCCGCCGCCAUCCCGGUGCCGUCCGCGCAGCCGGAGGUCCACUUCAACCAGCUGUUCAUCAACAACGAGUGGGUGGACGCGCAGAGCAGGAAGACCUUCCCCACCAUCAACCCGGCCACCGGGGAGGUCAUCUGUCAGGUCGCUGAGGCCGACCAGGCAGAUGUGAACAGGGCAGUGAAGGCAGCACGCGAUGCCUUCAGGCUGGGGUCGCCGUGGCGACGCAUGGACGCCUCCCAGCGCGGUCUGCUGCUGAGCCGUCUGGCCGACGCCAUCGAGAGAGACGCCGCCUACCUGGCUGAGCUGGAGACUCUGGACAACGGGAAACCGUAUGCCAUUUCCUACAUGGUGGACAUCCCCACCGUGGUGAAAUGCCUGAGGUACUACGCAGGGUGGGCUGACAAGUGGGAGGGGAAGACCAUCCCCAUCGACGGAGACUAUUUCUGCUACACCAGACAUGAACCCGUCGGCGUCUGUGGACAAAUAAUACCGUGGAACUUCCCCCUGCUGAUGCAGGCCUGGAAGUUGGGCCCCGCCCUGGCCACGGGCAACACCGUGGUCAUGAAGGUUGCCGAGCAGACGCCGCUCACAGCGCUCUACGUAGCCAAUCUCAUCAAAGAGGUGGGUUUUCCUGAAGGUGUAGUGAACAUCCUCCCUGGGAUGGGGCCGACGGCCGGCGCUGCCAUCGCGGGACACAUGGACGUGGACAAGGUGGCCUUCACCGGGUCCACAGAGGUGGGCCAGCUGAUCCAGCAGGCUGCAGGAACCAGCAACCUGAAGAAGGUGACCCUGGAGCUGGGGGGGAAGAGCCCCAACAUCAUCCUGUCUGACUCCAACAUGGAGGAGGCCGUGGAGCAGUCCCACUUUGCUCUGUUCUUCAACCAAGGCCAGUGCUGCUGCGCCGGCUCUCGCACGUACGUCCAGGCCGACAUCUACGACGAGUUCCUGGAGCGCAGCGCGGAGCGCGCCCGGAAGAGGGUGGUGGGGAACCCCUUCGACCUGAAGACGGAGCAGGGGCCUCAGGUGGACCAGGAGCAGUUCAACAAGAUCCUGGGCUACAUCAGCACCGGGAAGAAGGAAGGAGCCAAACUGAUGUGUGGGGGAGGAGUGGCUGCAGACCGAGGAUACUACAUCCAGCCCACCGUGUUCGGAGACGUGCAGGACAACAUGACCAUCGCCCGGGAGGAGAUCUUUGGUCCAGUCAUGCAGAUCCUGAAGUUUAACACGUUGGAGGAGGUGAUAACGAGAGCCAACGACAGUAAAUACGGCCUAGCCGCCGGCAUCUUCACCAAGGACAUCGAUAAGGCCCACUACGUGGCCAACGGGCUGCGUGCCGGGACCGUCUGGAUCAACUGCUACGACGUGUUUGGAGCUCAGGCUCCGUUCGGAGGCUACAAGUCUUCAGGGAUCGGCAGAGAGCUGGGAGAGUACGGCCUGGAGAACUACACGGAAGUGAAAACGGUGACCAUCAAGGUACCGCAGAAGAACUCCUAGCUGAGAGACGGCACUUCUGCUGGAGGAGGCGCCAGGGGACGGGACCCCCGGGGACCGGGUCUGCAGACGCAGGACUGCACCCCCAGCCCGGAUCAAGGACUCUUCAUAACAGCUGAAUUAAACAAUACAGAGUACUCUGGAUCGCUGCUGAAACGUUGUACGAUUAGACGCUUGUUCUCCAUUAAACGACUGUAACUGCAGAUACAGCCGGUCUGACUGUUUCCUUGAUGUUUGAUAAAGCUGCUUUAGAUACUC